UCGAAGUAUUGCUCUGGCCAUAUAUAGUUGCCCUCGUCAGCUUCUGCACUUGAUCUUAUCGCGUUCAAGCCAUUUUUCGCUCGAACUCUCAUGGCUUUUCUGCUCCGACCUUCGUAGGCAUUCCGCUCAUGCACUUCGUAGAUUAUUUCUUCGUUGAUCUUCGUAGAUCUUCACAGCUCCUGCUCCACCCACUCCAUUCUCUCGGCCCGAAUUACUUACUUAGAGCAUGCAUAUAUAUAAUCAUAUGGUAAUAUAUACACUGGCAUGUGUUUUUUCCUGGCGCUUGGUCCCGUGACACCUCGAAUGGCCGGACCAAGCGACCGGGCCCCUCAAGUUGCAAGCUUCAGAAGACCUCUCAUAGCUUACAACCAGAAGAGGUUAGCCAACCUGACCCAGGACCAAGGGAUUUUCAAGCCUCGGACCAAAAGCACCAAAUGUCCUGCACUUGCUCCGGAUGUUUUCGAAGAUUUUGUGCAUUCCGCCAACGCCGCAUUGCUUUGCCCUUGGCUAGGCUGCCUUGCUUUCACCCAUGCGCGGCAUAACCAUAGUGUCGUUUGCGCUAGGCUGUUCGAACCUGUGCGACAAGCAACCCUUGAAUGGAAUUCAGUACUUUAUCGAUCGAUUUGGCGUUUUCUGUCCGCUUGAGGCUGUCAACGUUCGGGCAACGCACUGGUAUCCCUUUUAUCGACAUACUGUUUUUCAGAUGAUCCAGAGCUGCAUCACGGAUGAUUAUGCCGAAGGCGUCGUGCUGAUCGGAAUCCAGCCGACGAUCGACCGCGCAAUGACCUGCGCGGAGUGGCCCAGCAUCCAAGAAGAUGUGAGGGAGGCCUUCACGGAGCAGAAGUACCCCUUCUACCAGGGUGGCGUGAAGAAACUGGAGUUUGAAAAGAUCACCUUCAAACGUGUUGAGCUUCAAGACCUCGGAGCGGAGAUCCACGUGAGCACCAUGCGCAACAAAUUCGCCAUCAUUGCGAGUUGUUGCGACACCGACUUCGACGCUGCAGCCACAGCCAUGCAAGUGCACAACAAGGCCACGCCCGAAGGGCAUGGAAAGGUGCGCAGAGCAUGGGCGACGGCGGAGGACAUGUACGGCAGAGGAAGCCAUCCCUAGGACCUAGGAGGACUUCCGGUCCGCCAUUCCAAAAGUGGAUAUUCAGCUGAGCGUGUGCAAUUGACGGGCUUCAGCAGUUUCACCGUUAUCUCCCUGUUUUGGCGUUCCGAUUGAAUUGGCAGGACAUGCCCUCUUGGGCAUGGGAAUGCUCUUGCACCC